CGUUUCAAAGAUUUGGCAUUGUCUCGGAGAGUGAAAAAUGUUGUUGAUACCAUAUUAUGCAGGUUCACAUUCGUGAUAGCAUUCCUUCUGUUGCUGACGGGUGCAGCACUGAAUAGUCAACAUAGCGAAGAGAACUUGUACUUUGGCAACUAUUACUGUUACGUUGUAAAGCCAGGUGUUUUUGCUGGAGCUGCUGUCUUGUCCCUUGCAAGUAUCAUUCUUGGAAUCAUCUACUAUAUAACCUUGACUCGUGAAAAGAACACAAGUGAUCAUCCAUGGAAUGGACAAGGUGGCAUUGCUAUGGCACAACCUCAAAUUCCUCCACAAAAUGCUCCAAACCCUGUUUUUGUGCAUGAAGAUACUUAUAUGAGGCGGCAGCUUGCAUAAACAAUUAUUUUCUUUUUGUCUAAAAGCUUCUUGUUUUGGUUGGUUAGUAACAAAUUGUACUUUAGAUAUGUAAUGGCAGUCUUUCUUGCUUUGUUUGCUAGAUCAUUUUGAACUGGUUUUAACUUCACAAUUUUGUCUCCAUCCCCUCUUCUUUUUGGACACACUCCAAAAUUGGUUCAUAUUUCAUGGUCGUUUCUGGUAUCCAAUAAAAUAGUAUUUCACUGUUCUGUUAA